GCGCCCAGUUUCAGCCGCCGGCUCGCACGGGACGGACGUGGCUCGCUGUGCUGUUACCCGUCUCGACACGUUUCAUCCGCGUUUUUAAGGACCUUAAUGAAAAAUUGAUGAAACGCUCUUAACGACUCCUCAGAGGUGUUCCUGUGGUUUCUAAUUAAACUUUGUGCGCUAGGAUUUCAAAGAACAUGUAGCGAUGCCCGGUACAACCGUCAUAAUAUUGUGACAAUGAACACAGACUAGUGUUGUGCGUGUGUCGAUAUCCGUAUCGAUAAAAUGGCCCGGUUGUUGAUGUUGCUAGUGCUGCCCGCGCUCGCGGCGGCACUGCAGCCGGCCGACAGUGACACGUGUAACCCGGACAAGAUGACCGUGUACCGGAUGGUGCUGCAUACGUACUGGACGAGGGAAAAGUUUCCGAAACAUUAUCCGGAUUGGCGGCCACCGGCACAGUGGUCCAGGGUUUAUGGCGUUUCCCAUGACCGCUCAUACGUGUUGUUCCGUCUUGGCCGCCGGGUCUCGUCCCCAGUCCGUCAAUUCGCGGAGUCCGGGCGCCCUGACGCGCUCGGUUCAGCACCGGGCACGAUGGAUGUGUUCGGCGCGCCCGCUGUCAUGCAGGGCGCAGGCCGGACGGAGGCUGAAUUCUUUGUUGAUGGGAACCACUCAAGGGUAUCCGUAAUGGCUAGGAUGAUCCCCUCCCCCGACUGGUUCGUGGGGGUGGACAGCUUCGACCUCUGUGUGGACGGCAACUGGCUGGACAGUAUUACGAUAGAGGUGGACCCACUAGACGCCGGCACAGACAACGGGUUCACGUUCACAGCGCCCAACUGGCCGACGGCUCCGCAAGGAGUCGCUUACCGCAUCACCUCCAAGUACCCGUCACAUCCUGCUGGGUCCUUCUUCUACCCGCACCUGAGGAGACUACCGCCUAUAGCCACGUUCCAGUUCAUUAAGCUCCGCGAAUACGAACUGUCGGAGGUGUUCCACCGCGACAGCGACGACCGACGAUACGACGUGAUCCAACUGGACAAGCUCAGCCAUAACAGCAUCGACGUUCUUGACGGGAACAGAGCGUUGUCCAUAGCAGAGGAGGUAGAGAGAGAAGAACAGGCGCCUAGAAUUUAUUCUGAAGGCGCAAUGACGACACCAGAUGGAGCGUACUCCUAUUAUUUUCUGGUUAAUACCACAACAAGUACAACGGAAGAGCCGCGCUCAGCCAACGAAUUGCCCACAUCAGGCCCGACCGCCAGCGAGAGAUCGGCACUCCGCAGUCUAGCGCGCCGGUAUCGGGCGCGGCGGCGGCGCAAGCUGCGCGCCGACAAUACCGACCCGGCCGAGCGGAGGAAGCGAAAAAGAGCUAAGCUGCUGGACUGCCGGGUGUCGGAUUGGGGCGAGUGGAGCUCUUGCCGCACGGACGGAGGCUGCGUGGGCUCGGCGCACCGCACGCGCCGCGUCCUGCGCCGCCAGCGACCCGGCGGCGCGCCCUGCCCGCCUACCGCGCAGUCCCGGUGGUGCUUCACCAACUGCACCAACACUGACGACUGGCGGAAAAAUCUCACGUAAUUUUGUUUGUUUUGAUGCAGAUUGUCUAUUAGUUUAUGGCACCGACGUCUAUAGAAUGUAACGGCCCGUGGUACGAGUAGAUUUUUUUAGAGACGAAAUUUGAAUGCAACUUAAAUUAAAACGUGCAGAAACUCAACAUUCGCUUAUAUGAUCGCUGUUUAUUAUAUAAUAACAUGAAUGGAUAACGUUAUAUUUAGUCGUAAUGCACGUACGUGGGUGAGGCAUAACAUAUAUACGGAUAUAACGACGUCAGCCGCAGCGCUGUCUAGACUCCCUUAGGCAUACAGCUGCAGUCAGCGCCCGCAUCAAAACUAUCACUAUAUUUUUUUUAAGAUGUUAGUCUCUGAAAAUUAUCUGUCUUGAGGUGCUAUAGACGUCGCUCUUGUUGGCAAACAUAAUGCUAAAAAUAUUAAAUCACAAUGAUAGAUAAAAGUUUAUACCAGUUCUUUGAGACUUUAUUCUGUCUAGUAAAAACCUAUACUUGCAUUGUAAGUACGUUUGUUUAGUCAGACUUUCCCCUUGUGUACCUAUUAGUUUUUUAUGUCUGUGUCUGUCCGUCCAAAGAGAUUGUUUUCUAUUCAGUUUCACUUCUUACUUCAUUCGAUGUUUUCACCUCAGUGUAAAUUCGAAAGAUGUAAAAAUAAAUUAAAAAUGACUUGUAUAAAAUACUUAGUAAGAGACUGUCGAUGUUCGAAAUUAGAUAGAGGUAUCAUUUUUUUCGCUGUACCUACAUAAAGCUUCGUAUAAAUCAUUUUCAUUUAUUUGUCAAUUAUUGUUAGGGUAAGUGAAGUUAAGGAUAAGCAGAGUCAGAAAUAAGUUUCACUUAAGUUUCAGAAAAUAUAUAUCAUAAGAAUGAUUAAAUAUAGUAUUUCUUUUAAUCUAUUUUCUAUCUGGAUAUGUUCAUUUUCUUCCGGAAACAUUACGUACCUACAUUUUCAGCUCUAGUACAAAAUAAUAUCGUGUCUUAUGCUAGACUUAUAAAUAAACUUUAAACAUUUUUAAGUUAAUUCUGUCUUUAGCUGUAACGAUUUCAUAUUUUUAUUAAGGUAUCCUGACAAUAUACACUGGGGGUUAAAUAAUAAAAUAAACAUAUCGUUUACUUAAGUGUUUCACUCGUGACAGCAACUCAAUAAUAAAUAUGAUAGUGAUCUACUGGGUUCAGGGAAGGGAAAUAGCUCCAAAGAUGCAGUUUUUAUUUAAUAAAUAUUAAUUAAAGAAAUUGACGUUUCUUGCACUAACUCAUUUUACUAAAAAAAAACAGAAACUCUGAAUUCUUAAACAAAUAAUUAACUUUUGAAUUUCAUCCAACGACCGUUAAACGAUGAAAAUUUAUUUGAGAGAGAAGUUCUGAUAGGUACUUAUUGCUUAUUUUCGAGUAGUUUUUUGAAUUGUUAAGAAAUGACAUUACACACAGAUGGUUUGGUGCAAGCGUCAAUGAUACUCGUAUUAGUUAAGUCUGUACUUAGAUUAAUAUAUGUAUAGAUCAGCAAUGCCUUCUGCGUGGUUCUAUAUUUUGGUACCUUUAAAAUCUAUGUCUGUUUUUGUAAAUUGCACCUUUUGCAAUGCAUGCUUUAAACUAAGAAUCCAUUAUUUUAAUGUUAGAACAUAUCCGAAUCGAUUCCAAAACAGCGUAGUCGCUUUCAAAUGCCAAAGAAAAAUCUAGGCUUAAAUUCGAGAGGAACUUUUGUUUGAAGUCAACUCACAUAUUUCGAUUUCGUCCGUACAAAUGUUUCCAAUGUAUCCGGGCAAAUUCUGGUAAAGUUUUCGAGAAUCUAAUCCAUCUCGACCAUGAAUGAUAAAUAUGUCUUGUUUGUUCGAACAUCCUGAGUAACAGCUGGCUGCCGUUUCUUGGAUAAAAACAUAAAAAUAAACGAGAUAAAAUUGAAUGGUUCGUUUAUAUUUAUAUAAUUUAAACUAAAAACGUCAGCAAUUCUAAGAGAGCGGUCUAAUUACCGCAACGCCAUAUAAAUUAUUUAUAUGAAGUCGUGGUAAAUAGAUGCUGAUGGUAGUAGUAAUUUAUGCUUGUAAUUGCAUAGUUUUGAUGAGAUAUCAGACUUGUACUCGUACUGCACCGAGAGAUAAAAUUUAAAGUGGUUUUCAGCCGGGAAUUAACGUUAGUCCGGUAAAUUCAUGACGCCCAAACGCUCAUACACCGUAUCAUUGGAUUAGAAUGGAUAGAGUUAUGGCCGAAUCUAUUUAUAAACUUAGCGUUUUGAUGUUUUGCAUAUGUACCUACUGCUUCUGUUCUUACUUACAGAAAAAAUACGAGUUAUUAUUUGGCCCAGGACUGAUAUUGACAUGAUAAAAAAGUUGAAGUGACACUAAUAUAUACAAAAAAUACUGCAGGCACCAGUAUCAUGGUUAAAGAACUGCAAUGUCAACUUUCAAUGGUUGUAUUUUACCCAUUGUUGUAGUUAAAGGAUGAAUCACGUUGGUAUGGUCCGGGCCCGGGCCGAGGCUUCUGACACUUCGUUUUCUAUGCAGUGUUGGACGCCUCUGCCCAGGGGGCCUACCGCGAAAACCGAAAUACUCAAAUUGCGGGGAUCUUUUCCUUUUACUCUUACUAAGACGUAAUUAGAGUGACAGAGAAAAUGCCGGCAAUUGACGAACUUCGAUUUUCCCGGUAGGGGCCCGGACCCGGACUAUUCAAGCGUGAGUUAUUCGUAACGCAGUGGCUUCAAUACAUUUCGAACUCCGCAACGCGACAAAGAGAGGCGUUUUUUUUUUGACCCGGUUUUAUUAUAUUUCACUUCAGCUUAGGGCAAUACUUUAGCACGAAGUCACUAAUAUGUGAGUUGAUACACAAUUCUAGUUUAGAAAUUACUCAAAAAUACCUUGUAAUGUCAAAGAAUUCUAGAUUAUUCAGAAAUUAUAUUUAAUUUAUAGUGAAGAUUGUAAAAUAGAGCCAAAAAUUAAAGCUAAAAUGUUAACCUUAGUGUAAUAACUAUUGGAGUCCGUGUAUUUUUUACAAUGUAAAUUAUUCUCAUUUCAAUAAUAAAAUCUUAAAUAACA